AUGCGCAUCGUAGAACGAUUCUGCGCUCUUGAAGAAUUUUACGCAGACCGAGCAGCUCAGGGUAUACCGAACCCAAUUACCCUACCCCCAUUGGCCACGACACAGCUACUUGCACCAAUCCCAGCAAAAAGAAACACGUCAACAACAUUAAGGAAGGGAAGAAACGUCCGUCAAAGGAAGCUCGGCACAAACACUGGCCAAGAAGAUCAGAACCCAAGGAAAAAGUGCUUGUAUCAUAACGAGCUCGGUCACUACACAACGGCAUGCGCUUCGUACAAGGCACUGUUGGAGCGUUUGGCAGCCCAAGGCCACCUCGACCAAUACAAUGAUCGAACCAAAACGCCAACCCGUCAACCUGCCGGAAAUCCCAACCCAAAUGAGCCGCGGCCAACGAUACACGUUAUUCACGGCCCCGUGACAAAGGAAUCUGAAAGAAACCUUCGUGCCGACCUCAAUCGCGCCUCCACUUCCAAGCAAGUACUCGCAGUAAGACCUAGAUCCCAACGUCCAUGUCCAGAAGAAUUACCCAAAUGGACACUAACUUUUACUGAGCGCGAUCUCGAGCGUGUGCAAACCCCACACUCCGAUGCCCUCGUCGUAACUGUCCAAAUUAGAGUCCAUGACGUCAAGCGCGUUCUAAUUGAUCAGGGAAGCUCGGCGGAGGUCAUGUACUAUGACUUGUUCAAAAAGCUUGAUCUCCCAGAGUCGGCUUUGCAACCCGCUGAAGUACCCCUCAUCGGAUUCAACGGAGCACCUGUCUGGCCACUUGGUCGAAUCUUCCUGCCAGUCGUCGUCGGCUAG